GCGCCAGCCAGGCCGCAGCCCCGCUCCCGCCGCCCGCCCCCGCUGGGCCGGCCCGCCCCUCGCUCCACGCCCGGCCUCCCGCGCGCCCUGUCAGACUGUGGCGGCCGCUGCAGCUCGGUGAGGCGACUGGCGCGCGCACCCACGUCUCUGCCGGCCCGCCGCCCGGUCCACUCCUCCUUCUUCUCAGCUGCCCGCUCACCCGCCGGCGGCGACAUGGCUCACGCGCCCGCUAGCUGCCCGAGCUUCAGGGGCUCCGGGGACGGCGAGAUGGGCAAGCCCAGGAAGGUGGCGCUCAUCACGGGCAUCACCGGCCAGGAUGGCUCAUACUUGGCAGAAUUCCUGCUGGAGAAAGGAUACGAGGUCCAUGGAAUUGUACGUCGAUCCAGUUCGUUUAAUACAGGUCGAAUUGAACAUUUAUAUAAAAAUCCACAGGCUCAUAUUGAAGGAAACAUGAAGUUGCACUAUGGUGACCUCACUGACAGCACCUGCCUGGUGAAAAUCAUCAAUGAAGUCAAGCCUACAGAGAUCUACAAUCUUGGUGCCCAGAGCCAUGUCAAGAUUUCCUUUGACUUAGCAGAGUACACUGCAGAUGUCGAUGGAGUUGGCACCUUGCGACUUCUGGAUGCAAUCAAAACUUGUGGCCUUAUAAAUUCUGUGAAGUUCUACCAGGCCUCGACAAGUGAACUGUAUGGAAAAGUGCAGGAAAUACCCCAGAAGGAGACCACACCUUUCUAUCCAAGGUCACCCUAUGGAGCAGCCAAACUCUAUGCCUAUUGGAUCGUGGUGAACUUUCGUGAGGCAUAUAAUCUCUUUGCAGUGAAUGGCAUUCUCUUCAAUCAUGAGAGCCCUAGAAGAGGAGCUAAUUUUGUUACUCGAAAAAUUAGCCGGUCAGUAGCUAAGAUUUACCUUGGACAACUGGAAUGUUUCAGUUUGGGAAAUCUGGACGCAAAACGAGACUGGGGCCAUGCCAAGGACUAUGUAGAGGCUAUGUGGCUGAUGUUGCAAAAUGAUGAGCCAGAGGACUUUGUCAUAGCUACUGGGGAAGUUCAUAGUGUCCGUGAAUUUGUUGAGAAAUCGUUCAUGCACAUCGGAAAAACCAUUGUGUGGGAAGGAAAGAAUGAAAACGAAGUGGGCAGAUGUAAAGAGACCGGCACAGUUCAUGUGACUGUGGAUCUGAAAUACUACCGACCAACUGAAGUGGACUUUCUGCAGGGAGACUGCUCCAAGGCGAAGCAGAAACUCAACUGGAAGCCCCGCGUUGCCUUUGAUGAGCUGGUGAAGGAGAUGGUGCAGGCUGACGUGGAGCUCAUGAGGACCAACCCCAAUGCCUGAGCACCUCUGCAGAGAUUCGAGAGGCAUGGCCUACCAUGCAGAGCAAGGGAACCAGAGUCCAGCCACUCCUGCGACCAUGGACCCUCGACCUCCUGUGUUGUCCCCACAGCUAAGAGCUGGGCCGCAGGUUUGUAGGCACCAGGACAGGACACUCCAGAGCUAAGGCUGCUUUUGCUUUUGUCAAAGGCCCCAAUGAAUGGUUUUGGGAAAUCAAGAAGUUUUAAUCACAUACUCAUUUUACUUGAAAUUAUGUCACUAGACAACUUAAAUUUUGAAGUCUUGAGAUUGUUUUUCUCUUUUCUUAUUAAAAGAUCUUUCUAUGAACCAUCACUAAAAGAGUUACUUGUGUAUGUAUUCUCCAGGUUAUAAUGUAGGUACUUUGUGGCCCCAAACAAAAUCCACAGCUGGGGGUGAAAUAUUCCUUGGUUCCUUUAGGAAAGCCCCUGUUGAGAAGACCCCUAGCCCACGCUGCCCUCGGCAGCGCACCUGGCUAAGUCUGUCCUUGGACAUACCUAUCCCCUGCUGAAUUGAAGCAUUCAUACCCUGUUGGUCUCUGCUGAUUUUAAUUAGAACCACUGAGCUCUCACCCUCUCAGAAAAAGGCUCAUGAAACAGGGGUUAAAAGAAGAGACUUGAUGGUAAGUAAAUAUUGUUGGAACAUUACAUGUGAAAGCCCCUGGGCUACCCUAACCUAAGCCUCUUCCAUGGUCUUUCGCACAAUAUUUAUUUCCAACCUCUUCCCAUCAGUACUAGGUCACUUUUUAAACUGAAUUUUGACUCAUUAAUUCAAUCCAGUGCCUAAUAUAUACCAGACAUUAUGCUGUUGCUUCAACCACAUCAACAUGAAUUAGAGGUUAUGAUAAAGAGACUCAGAACCCAGGCCCCAGCUUCACUGAGUUUAUCAUUUAGGUGUUAGAAUUAUGACCACAGCCUGCAUUCUUGAGCUGUGUACUGUGCAGCUACAGGUGACACUAAGUGUACAGAGCACCCCCAGAGAGCGAGCAAGAAUCUGCUUGCAGGUAUACACUCUUGCAUGAAAUAGUAUUUUGGCCUAGAACAAAUUAGGUCAGGACUCUUCUCCCCUCACUCCCCUUCCAAGCAAAAUAAAAUAAAACCUCAGCGAAUGGCAUUCCAAUCUUUGCACAUGCGAGAGACUGAGGGUGAACUAUUUCCGAAUGUCUUCACAGGCAGGUUUAUGAUCUGGGGGAGGACUGGGGCUCCAGGGCUGGUGCAGAGAGGGCUCUUUGUGGAGCUCUCUAUGCUGUGAGAGCAUGCUGGCUGGGGCAGCCUCAGCCCCCAUGGAGCAGAAGUAGGGCAGCCAGGCUGGCCCACCCAGUUCUCAGAAGCCACCCCAAGAAGAGCCUGCUGUUUCUAUUCCCAAAUGGGACGCUACUAAUUGGAAGCAGAUGGUCUCUGGGAGGUUGGGUUUGUAGGACUAGGAAGGCUGUGGGCCAUACACACAUGCACUAUCACAAAUGGGCAUGCAUUGUCACCCACUACCUAAAACACACAUCCACUCACAUAUACAGAUUCACUCACAAACGUGCUGUCUCACACACCAUCACACACAAAUUCCUGCAAACAUGCUCAGAAGUCUACUGUCCCAUCAUAUGUACUCCCAAGUGUCAUAGCUAAGCACAUGUUCCUUGGCCUUGAUGCACAAGCCUUCCUCUGACCACCUAAGUCCCUCAUUCAACACCCAGGAAAAGCCAUUCCAAAGACCUGCAGGCCUGCAGUAUUUAGUUCAAUGUUUUGUGGUUUUCUAGCCCAAAGCCAUAAUGAGCUCCUUAGGGUAGACCAGGAGAAAUCCUGGGCAGGAAGGUUUGUGUGACUCCAAUGAAGCUAAAUGGGCAUAAACAUAGAUUUCUGACAGAAGAAAUCUUUUAAAAGGCAACCUUGUCACUAUUCAUACCUUCUCAAUCACUGUUGGGGGCUCCUUUGGGUUCUUGAUUGUGUAUGUUUAAAAGGAGAAAAACAGCAUUUGCACUCCAGAAUUUAACUUUCUAUGCUGAAAGAAUUUCAUGUAGGUAUCUUCAAGACCUAAUAAAAGGGUUUCCUCCAUCUUA